AUGCGGAAUCAAAAAAAAUUUUGCUACGAUCGGAUAACCGAGCACAAAGUUACGUUUGUUUCAAGUUUCGACGCAGGUCAGGCCUUCACCGCGGCCGUGUACUGCAGUGAUGCAAUCACUGUCUUCGUCGACAGCGGUGAUGCAAUCACUGUCUUCGUCGAAAGCGGUGAUGCAAUCACUGUCUUCGUCGACAACAGUGAUGCAAUCACUGUCUUCGUCGACAGCGGUGAUGGCCCAAACUAA